UGCCGUCCCGGGCCAUUCGAGUCAUUUUAGCUCAUUUGAGAAGUCAUGUCUGGUCGUGGUAAAGGAGGCAAGGGUCUUGGAAAGGGGGGUGCCAAAAGGCAUCGUAAAGUUCUUCGUGAUAACAUCCAGGGUAUUACAAAACCCGCAAUCAGGCGUUUAGCUAGACGUGGCGGAGUCAAACGUAUUUCAGGUUUGAUUUACGAAGAGACUCGAGGUGUGCUCAAAGUUUUCUUGGAAAAUGUCAUUCGAGAUGCUGUCACUUACACCGAGCAUGCUAAAAGGAAAACUGUCACUGCUAUGGAUGUUGUGUAUGCACUAAAGAGGCAAGGACGUACCUUGUACGUCGUUUGAGAAUAGUCAGUCAUGGCACGUACCAAGCAGACCGCCCGUAAGAGUACUGGAGGUAAAGCCCCCAGGAAACAACUGGCUACUAAGGCCGCUCGUAAGAGCGCCCCAGCCACCGGAGGUGUUAAGAAGCCCCAUCGUUACAGGCCCGGAACUGUUGCUUUGAGAGAAAUCCGUCGUUAUCAAAAAUCCACUGAACUCUUGAUCCGAAAAUUGCCAUUCCAGCGUUUGGUUCGAGAAAUCGCUCAGGACUUCAAAACUGAUCUCCGAUUCCAGAGUUCUGCUGUUAUGGCUCUCCAGGAAGCUAGCGAAGCUUAUUUAGUAGGCUUGUUCGAAGACACUAACUUGUGCGCUAUCCACGCCAAGAGAGUAACUAUCAUGCCUAAGGACAUUCAGCUCGCUAGACGAAUUAGGGGUGAACUCAUGUCUGGUCGUGGUAAAGGAGGCAAGGGUCUUGGAAAGGGGGGUGCCAAAAGGCAUCGUAAAGUUCUUCGUGAUAACAUCCAGGGUAUUACAAAACCCGCAAUCAGGCGUUUAGCUAGACGUGGCGGAGUCAAACGUAUUUCAGGUUUGAUUUACGAAGAGACUCGAGGUGUGCUCAAAGUUUUCUUGGAAAAUGUCAUUCGAGAUGCUGUCACUUACACCGAGCAUGCUAAAAGGAAAACUGUCACUGCUAUGGAUGUUGUGUAUGCACUAAAGAGGCAAGGACGUACCUUGUACGGUUUCGGAGGUUAAGCGAAAGUUGGAAUCCCUUGCACUGAAA